UCCACUUGUAGAAUAUUUAGGCUGAUAUUUGAUGUGGUAUUCUGUUGUGUUGUGUACUGCGCAGCUAAUGUGGUCCAAGUCGCUUUAUCGGGACGCCUCGGGAGAAGUAAAAAUAUCCCGAAUAAGCGGCUGUCCCAAUUAAACGAGGGGCAUUUGGGGCGGCCAGCUUAGUCACGCUUUUUUUGUUGUUUUUAAAUUAAAAGAGUUCAGCGUGGUUUAUGCAAUUUACGCAAGCCACAGCAUAAAUGUAAUCACUUACUGCACUAGGCUCCACACGCACCGUGACGUUGCUGCUCACUGCCUGCGUGUUUUCCAGUGAGAGAUCGGGUUCGGUUUAAUGAAUACAUUUUAUUUUUCUAUAGCGCUUUGAAUAGGACAGCGUGCACCAGCAAUUGUUGAUAAAAUCAGGAGAGAUGGCUGCGCUGAACCCAGCGAAGGAGGGGGGCCAGGAGGAGGAGAUCACAGGGAUGGUGUGCCUGGAGUCCGACCUCAAGGAGGGAGAGGCUCCUGUGUUAUUACUAUCCCACGUGAUGCCUCUUCAAUCUCUAUUUGGAGAAAAGGGGUCUUCACGUUUCAGGAUGCGUGAGGUGGAGGUGGGGAACCACAAAGUGCUGCUGGUCAGGAGUGAGGGCGGAUACAGCGCUGUUGGAAGCCUGUGUACCCAUUACGGAGCAUCUCUCAGCAAAGGGGCUCUUUCAGGCAGCAGAGUGCGUUGUCCUUGGCACGGGGCCUGCUUCAAUAUUAAAACAGGAGACAUUGAGGAAUACCCUGGUCUGGACGGUUUGCCUUGCCACAAGGUCAAAAUUGAGAACAGCAAGGUGUUUGUAUCAAUAAACAAAAAGGACUUGGAGAAGACAAGGAGGGUGAAAGAGAUGGGCUGCCGAGUGGCUGGGGAUUCCUCCACAGUGCUGAUCAUUGGAGGAGGUCCUGCUGCCCUGGUCUGUGCUGAGACUCUCCGCCAGGGAAGCUAUGGGGGGAGGAUCAUCAUGGCAACGAAAGAGGAGCUUCCUCCCUACGACAGGACCAAACUCAGCAAGGCCAUGAACGUGAAAGCUGACGGUAUCUUGCUGAGGCAGCUGGAUUUUUACCAGUCCUGUGAUAUCGAGGUGUGGUUGAGAAAGGAGGCUGUGUCGGUGAACACAGAUGAGAAGACGGUCACUUUCCAGGACGGCUCAGUGCAGCAGUAUGAUCAGCUGCUGAUAGCAACAGGCUCUAGACCGAGGGAGGUGGCCUGUCCUGGAGCGGACCUGGACAAUGUGGCUCUGCUCCGCACACCUGACGACAGCAGCCGAAUUCACCAGGCAGCGCUGGGCAAGAACGUGGUGAUCCUGGGCACCUCCUUCAUAGGAAUGGAGGUGGCGUCUUACCUGUCUGACACAGCCUCCAGCGUGUCUGUGAUUGGAAACAGCGCGGUCCCUUAUCAGAACACCCUGGGCACAGAGAUUGGCAGGGUUGCCAGGAAGAUGCUGGAGGAGAAGAAUGUGAAGUUCUAUAUGCAGGAUGGUGUGACGGAGUUAAGGGGAGAGAAUGGAAAGGUGAAACAAGUGGUGCUGAAAAGUGGGAAGAUCCUGCCUGCUGAUGUGUUUGUCACUGGCAUAGGCGUUCAGCCCAAUUCGGCCUUCCUGGAAGGAAGCUCGGUGGCACUGGGCUCAACGGGAGCUGUCAUCGUUGACAAGUUUAUGCAGACCAAUGUCCCAGGUGUCUUUGCUGCAGGGGACGUGACGUCAUUUCCUCUUUCCCUACGGAAAGACAAGAUGGUCAAUAUUGGGCACUGGCAGCUCGCGCAUGCACAUGGAAGGAUCGCUGCCUUAAACAUGUUGAAGAAACGGGUUGGAAUAAACUCUGUUCCUUUCUUCUGGACGAUGCUGAUGGGGAAAAGCUUCCGCUAUGCAGGCUAUGGUGAAGGAUACACUGAGGUCAUCAUGAAAGGAAAAGUGGAAGAGAUGAAGUUUCUAGCCUUUUAUAUCAAGGACGACGUGGUGGUGGCUGUCGCCAGCUUGAACUUUGACCCCAGUGUUUCCCAGGUUGCAGAGAUCAUGGCUUCUGGGAGGACCAUCUCUAAAGCACAGGCUAAGUCUGAUGACAUGAGCUGGUUGAAGCUGCCCUGAUCUACAGUGUGCCUCAUUUUAACACACAAUGAAUAUAAAGUGGUCUUCAAUUA